AUGAUCACAUUGGGUCCACCGCUUGGCGUUGGUGCUUGGCUCUUGCGGAGACAGUACGAGAGAAGUGAGUACAAUAAGCUGAUAAAGGGAAUUCUACCCACAUCGCAGGAAGAUUUCGAAAAGCAAAGUCAGAGAAUAAGGGUCGCUAGAUACGACGAAACGGACGUCGAUACUGUUUUAGAGGGGUUUGACAACCAAUUCCAAUACUUCCAGAAGCAGAUUCUUGAGAUAGUGGAGAAAAGAAUAGUUGACUAUAUAGCUGUUUCAGAAACGAAAUCAGACACGAUCUCCAAAUUGCUUCGACCACUUGUGGAUGAAAAUAAGCAGGUGACCGUGCAUUUGGGUUCAGAUUUCGAGACAUUUGUUACUACCAAAGCUGAGGUGCCUGCCGUCUCGGAUGAUACUUUUGUGGAGUUCACGAAGCUCUCGGUACCAUACUUCAACUCGAAAAACACCCAAAAAAGGACGAGACUUGGAGUUGCAGAGGUAAGCUUGCUUGAGAUUCCACUGAAGGAGGAACAGGUUCAGGACUUUAGGAUAGCUAUUACGCUUGUUCAAUACAAGCAAUGGGGUGCUGCAAAAGAGCACAUAGACGUUCUCCCAGGACAAGAGAUCCAAAAGAGUCUGUUUUGUGAAUAG